AGUCAUUUAAGGUAAAAUGAAUAUAUGAUUGUAUAUCUGCCAUUAAAAGCUUGUGUUUUACAUUCAUUUAGAGAACUUGAUUUUCAGCGCAUUAUUACAUUGGUUGUUCUUUGGCACUUCCGGUUUCAUUUCACAUUUGCAAUUUUACUCCACAAAUUAUGCCACCCAAACGUAAACAAGUGGCCGUAAAGGGUGAAACGACAAAACGACAGAAAGUAAGCAGUAAAAAAGAUGAAGCAUCUGCAAAACGGAAACCAACUAAACAAAAGAAACCAGUUGUCACCUCUAAAAAAUUAGACAAAGCAUCUGCAAAACGGAAACAGACCAAACAAAAGACAUCAGUUGUCACUUCUAAAAAAUUAGACACGGGUGCUGAUUCUAGUUUUUCCCUGAGUGACCUUAUCUCAAAUGAAAAGUGGAAAAUUGCAUUAUCAGAAGAACUGGAGAAAGAUAAUACGAAAGACAUCCAAGCUAAGCUUUCAGAUCAUUAUAAAAAGGGAGACAGCGUAUUUCCGCCUAAAGAUCUUAUAUUUAAUGCUCUCAACAUGACUCCUCUGGAUCAGAUUAAAGUUGUGAUUCUAGGACAGGAUCCAUACCAUGAUGAUGGACAGGCAAUGGGGCUCUCCUUCUCAGUACCAAAGGGGGUAAAAGUUCCGCCAUCGCUAGUUAAUAUUUACAAAGAGUUGGAAAAGGAUCCAGACAUCAAAGGAUUCAAAACCCCGGAUCAUGGAUGCUUAGAAAGCUGGGCAAGGAAUGGUGUCUUAUUGUUAAAUGCUACACUUACUGUAAGUGCUCAUCAGCCUAACUCUCAUGCUAAAUAUGGCUGGCAGAAAUUGACUGAUGCCAUCAUCCAGCUGGUCAGUGAGGAGUGCUCGGGGGUCGUCUUCAUUUUGUGGGGAGGAUUCGCACACAAGAAAGAGAAACUGAUCAACCAGAAGAAACACGCUGUGAUCAAAACCGCCCAUCCUUCACCCCUCUCCUUUGGAAAGUUCAUCAAUUGUCAGUGUUUCUCAAAGACUAACAAAGAAUUAAAGAAAUUCAAGAAAGAUCCUGUUGACUGGAACCUUUAAUAAUUCUUAGAGAAUUUAGAAAGACUCAUUUUUCAAUACUUUGUGAUUGAUGAUAGAAUAUACAGUAAAACUUGGUUAUAAAGAACUCACUUAUAAGGUAUCUUGGUUAUAAGGAAAUUUUUAUGCACCCUGUGGAAGACUUAUACUAAUUUGUGUACAGUCAGAUAUAGGGAAUCUCGGUUAUAUAAGGUUUGAAGAAAACAUCGAGAUCUGAGCAAUUUCUUUAUAAUAACCAGAUUUUACUGUACCUUGCAUACAUAUCUACAAUGUUAAUGACUGUGAUUUCUAAAUUUUACAUUGUUGUAGUCUUUUUAUGAAUUUUUAAAGUCACUAUACUUUAAUGAAGUAUUUUAAUUUUUAUACAAUUUCUUAUAACCUGUAGAUAAUUUAGAGUAAUUUCUAUUUUUUUUUUUUUUUUUUUACAUUUUUUAUUUUACCAUCAUGUUAAUUCUUUAGUGUACUACAAAUAGUUUGUAAUAAAAAAUUGUCUCUUU